CUUCUUGACCUUACGGCCCCGCAGGCCGUGGAGCUGCGGAGCCUGUGGCAGGAGCAGGCGUGCGUGGUGGCCGGGCUGCGGCGCUUCGGCUGCAUGGUGUGCCGCUGGAUCGCCCGGGACCUCAGCAACCUCCAGGGUGUCUUGGACCAGCAUGGCGUGCGCCUGCUGGGCGUCGGGCCGGAGACCCUGGGCCUACAGGAGUUCCUGAACGGUGGUUACUUUUCCGGAGAGCUUUACCUGGAUGAGAGCAAGCAGUUUUACAAGGAGCUGGGCUUUAAGCGGUACAAUAGCUUGAGCAUCCUUCCAGCUGCUCUGGGGAAGCCUGUGCGGGAUGUCGCUGCCAAGGCCAAGGCUGUUGGCAUCCAGGGGAACCUGUCUGGAGACCUGCUGCAGAGUGGAGGGCUGCUGGUAGUCAGCAAAGGUGGUGACAAAGUUCUGCUGCAUUUUGUCCAGAAGUCCCCAGGUGAUUAUGUCCCCCAGGAGAGCAUCCUGCAGGCUCUGGGCAUCUCUGCAGAGACCUUCUCCAGCGAACCCCCUCAGUGUGACGAGGAGGUGUGUCGGAGGUGAUAACCCUGAGCUCCUCUGACCUGGGAGGCGUCUGCUGCCUUGGGUGUGCUGGGAAUCAAACCAGGAGAAUCGUCACAGAGCUGCUGGGCUAGGGUGCUGGACUGUUCUGCUCCUCUGUUCAGCCAUUAAAACUGCAGCUCCUAGGUCAGCACGUUCCUCCA